AUGGCCUCUAAUGACCCUGAGCUUUCUGAGCCCUCUGCUGACCCUCAACCUGGUGACCUCAUUGAAAUAUUCAGACCAGCAUACCAGCACUGGGCUCUCUACCUGGGAGAUGGUUACAUCAUCAACUUAACUCCUGUUGAUGAGAGCCAGGCAGCCGCCAUGUCCAGCGUCAAGUCUGUGUUCAGCAGGAAGGCUGUGGUGCGCAUGCAGCUGCUGAAAGAGGUGGUGGGAAACGAUUCGUACCGCAUCAACAACAAGUAUGAUGAAAACCACACACCUCUGCCUGUCCGUGAGAUCAUCCAGCGAGCUGAAGUCCUCAUCGACCAGGAGGUGUCCUAUGACCUGCUGGGGAGCAACAAGCCAAAGAAAGCCUGGAAGACCUCCAUUUAUAGCGGGAGGCAGAAACAUCUGUAA